GCUCUUCCGACCGACGUAAAUUAUUCUCUUGGAUAUGUUGAUUACCAUAUACACUAUUUUGGCAGCUACAAAUUCAUAACAUCAUUAUGUUAAACUAGAUUACCCCAAAACAAAUAGCUUCUACAAUAACAACUUGCAAGGACCAGUGUUAACAAAAAUGUCAUCAACAGUGAGAGAUCACAGAUUAGUUCGCCGGAUAACAAACCUUCCGCAAAGCAUAAUGGGAGGAAUUUCAAGGGCAGUGGGUGAUGGUAUGGGCUUUGUAGGAAGAGGAAGAAGAAGAAACCAACAAACAUAUUUUCCACUGCACCCUCAACUACCUCUGCUGCAGCCACAAGAUUCCAUAGCAGUUCCAGAGGAGUGGGCCUUUUUAGACAAUUUUGAGCAGCAAUAUGGCACCAAACACCCAUUCUUUUAUGCUUGCCGCUUCACAGAAGCCAUGAGGUUAGCACAGCAAGAUAAGAAGUUCAUGUUCAUGUACCUCCACUCCCCAGACCACCCUUUUACAAACGCUUUCUGCAAGGAAACCCUGUGUUCUGAGCUAGUAGUCCAGUUUCUUGACGUGAAUUUUGUUUGCUGGGGAGCACUUGCAGAUAGAGGAGAGGGUCUGCAAAUGGUUGCAACACUAAGACCUGAAAGCUUUCCCUGUUGUGCUCUCAUAAGCCAAGCUCCUGGUGAUAGCAUAGUAGUGCUGCAACAGCUAGAGGUACCAGUUUCACCAGCUGAGCUAGUGGAGAUUCUACAAAGAACACUGGAAGAGCAAGGGGUGGCUUUCGGAAGUGAUAGAGCAAAGAAGGAAGAAAAAAUCCUAGCAGACCGUAGGCUUAGAGAAGAACAAGAUGCUGCAUAUCUUGCAGCUUUGCAAAUAGACAGGGAAAAAGAGAGACUGAAAAAUUUACCUUCAAGGGAGAGAGUUCACAAGCCAGUGGAAGGUCAGAACACCAUAAAUUAUGGGAAGCUGAGGAACAAUUCUGUUGAUAUCAGUAAACAGCAUUACAAAACAAAUGAGUCCAGUAGUGAAAAACAAGACAAGGGAAUUGCCGCUAGGGGAAGUGGGUCUCAGGCAACACAGAUACUCAUAAGGUUUCCAAAUGGGGAAAGAAGAGAACAUACUUUCUUGAGCACAGACAAAAUCCAGUCCAUUUUCUCAUACAUUGAUUCAUUAGGUUUGCUAGGGAUUGAGAACUAUAGAUUGAUAUCAAACUUCCCAAGAAAAGCUUAUGGUGUUGAUCAAAUUAGAAUGACUCUCAAAGAUGCUGGCUUGUAUCCUAAAGCUAGCUUGUUCCUGGAGAUUUUGUAAAUCAAAGUCCUAUAACCAUGUUAACAUGUAUAUGUGCUCAUUGCCAAGCAUAUAUUUGGAUUUCAGUGAAUCGGUAUGAAAGAAAAGAAACUCAUUAUGUGGACUUCACCUGACCUCCAACUUGUUAGAGUUGGGUGCAUCUUUUCAGAAGAUAAUUUCCACACCAUUUUUCA